CACCCCUGUGGUGUCCAUCCCAAAACCGGAGCCUCGGGCUAGUGAAAGGGCAGAGGCUGGGCCUCUGGCCUGUACCAGUCAUGGGCAGGAUGGGCCGCUGGAGGAUGAUGACUUGUCUUUGAAAGGGACAGCGAUCUUCCCCUGCCUAAGACCCACAGCCCCCUCCUUCUCUCACUGUCUGUUCCUCCCUUCUAGGGUCUCUUCUCUCUCUUUCUGGAGUUCCCGGGGACAGGGACCGAGCCCAAAUCAAGAAGUGCUCCCCCCACCCAGUGGAGUAACAACUCCCUCACACCUUGUAACCUGGUCACAAGCCCAUCCGACCAUCACCUGGCUUUCACCCUUUUCCUUCAUCCAAGCUCGUCCUCUGCAGCUCAUUCUCAGCCUCCUUUGUCCUGCUUCUCUAGUCCUGCCUCCCCAUCUCCUCCACCCCCACCAUUCUUCCCCACUAUCCCAGCACCAGGAUCCUAAUCUUAGGAGGCAUCUCUUCUUAUUGAACUAGAGAAUUCUGGGAUCUGGGCCAUACUCCUUAGUGGACAGCCCAUCCUCAGAGUAGGCGAAGGAGAAAGCCUGAGGAAGAACAAGGGAGCCAGCACAAGGUCAGGCCAGGAGAUCCCUGAGGACAGAGACUGUGGGGAGACAGGGUCUGAGGAGGAUGCACGGGAGCUAGAGCCUGGGCCAAGGGAAGAAAGAGAGGCGCCAGCACAGAGUUGUUUGUGGGGAUGCUCAGCAGCUGUCUUCCCUAAGACAGGGACAGAUGGGCCUGGUUAUUCCUCUUGUCACAUGUAGAGUGGUAGGAAUGGGAGAGAGCCAUUGGGCAAUCAAGGGCAGGCUUGCACACAGGGCUAAGUGUGUUUAGAUGUCCAGGUGCCUGUGCCCCCAGUAGAAAGAAAGGCAUCUGAGUCCAGUCCAUCUGUCUGCUUUUCUUUCCUUUUUAGACAGGUUCUCAUUAUGUAGCCAUGGCGAGCCUAGAACUCACUAGGUAGACCAGGCUAUCCUCAAACUCAUGGAGAUCCACCUGCUUCUGCCUCCCAAGUGUUGGGAUUAACGGCGUGCUUUGGGGCCAGUCUUAACCAAACGCAUACCCCUUCACUCCCCAGCUCCCUCCCACUGCCCAUACCCUCUUUCCUAUAACAUGGUCAUUCCCUAAUAUAGACAACACCUAAACUGCCUGUUGGAAAGGGAAAUGCCAGGAAAGCUCUUGGAUUUCGACAGCAGGUAUAGUGUUCAGGGAAAAGAAAUUUGGAGAGCCAGGAGCUGAAACUCCAUCAAUCUAAAACAAGACCUCUCUUUCCCAUGGACAAAUGGAUUCUCCUGGACUAACCCUCUCCUGCCCCCUCAGCCAGAUCCCAGGUUCUCAUGAGACAGCUCCCCCUAUGUAAACCCUCUCUGGAGCGUGUGUGGGUGGAAGAGCUGGGCUCCAUUCAUGGACCAUGGUCCAGGCAGGGGCUCCAGUUCCAGUAGGUAGGAAAAGAACUCGUCAUUUCCGGGGCCUUCACCAGGGCUUGGUGGCUCUGGGCUUUCUGAUUGGGUGGAAGUGGCCUGGGCAGGCUUGUGACCCCACGGCAGAGGAGGGGCUGUGCCCCAAGAGUGUCUUCCUACCUACCUGCUCCCCAGAGUGUGGCCUGCUGUGCACCUUGGUCCUGGGGCCCUUCUCCAGCCGGAUAGAUUCCUUAGCCCACCUGUGCCCCAACCACUCUGCAGAAGUGCAAGAGUUCAAGCCGCCUCCAUGGCCCCAGGAAAGAUUCAGGGGAGAGGCCCCAUCCAGGGAGCCCCUCCAGCCAGACACCCUGGCCAGAAUGGAGCUGACUGAUCUGCUCCUGGUGGCCAUGCUUCUCCUUACUGCGAGACUAACUCUGUCCAGCCCAGCUCCUCCUGCCUGCGACCCAAGACUCCUCAACAAACUGCUCCGUGACUCCCAUCUCCUUCACAGCCGGCUGAGUCAGUGCCCUGACAUCAACCCUUUGUCUACGCCUGUCCUGCUGCCUGCUGUGGACUUCAGCCUGGGAGAAUGGAAAGGCCAGACGGAACAGACCAAGGCACAGGACAUUCUAGGGGCAGUGACCCUUCUACUGGAGGGAGUGAUGGCAGCUCGGGGACAGCUGGAACCCUCCUGCCUCUCAUCCCUGCUGGGACAGCUUUCUGGGCAGGUUCGCCUCCUCCUGGGAGCCCUGCAAGGCCUCCUGGGAACCCAGCUUCCCCCACAGGGCAGGACCACAGCUCACAGGGAUCCCAACGCCAUCUUCGUGAACUUGCAACAGCUGCUGCGAGGAAAGGUGCGCUUCCUGCUGCUGGCCGAAGGCCCCGCCCUCUGUGUCCGACGGGCUCCGCCCACCACAGCUGUCCCAAGCGGCACCUCCCAACUCCUCACCCCAAACGAGCUCCCAAACAGGACUUCUGGAUUGUUGGAGGCGAACUUCAGUGUCUUGGCCGGAACUCCUGGCCCUGGGCUUCUGAGCAGGCUUCAAGGACUCAGAACCAAGAUUGUCCCUGGCCAGCUGAAUCAAACCUCCAGGUUCCCACACCAAAUCCCUGGAUACCUCAACAGGACACACGGACCUGUGAAUGGAACUCGGGCUGCGGCCUCACUUCAGACCGUGGAAGCCCCAGACAUUCUGCCAGGAGCUUUGAACAAAGGCUCUGUGCCACUCAGCCUCCAAAGUGGAUAUCCUCCUCCUCCUCCUCCUCCUCUCCAUGCUGAUGGACACACACUCUUCUCUCCUUCACCUACCUUGCCCACCCACAGGUCCCCACCUCAGUUCCACGCCCCCUUUCCUGAUCCCUCCACCCCUGUGCCUAACUCUGCCAGUCCUCAUCCAAUCCCAGUGCACCCUCAUUCCCAGAAUUUGUCUCAGGAGGCAUGAGGGACAUGGGCACCGCCAGCAUCUGCAACUUCUCUCAGGCACAAGCCUCCUUCCCCAGGAGAGGCUUCGAGAGGGCACUGCAUCCAUACAUGUCCCGCUUUCCCUGGGAAAGGGGUACGCAGGACAGGCUGUCAUAAAACUUCAGGAGCUAUUUUUUUUUUUAAACCUAUCAGCAAUAUUCAUCAGAGCAGCUAGUUAUCUUUGGUCUAUUUUCUGUAUAAAUUUGAAAAUCAUUAA